AUUGCGACUCAUCUCAGUGGACACAAUGGAAAACGUGCUCAAAGACAUGACGUCGGCGGGACCUGCGACCGCAGACACAGCGGCGCAGCAUGAGAAUUGCAACAGCAUGGUCGACCACGCCAUGAACAAAUGUUCCAAGGUGACAUUCCUCGUCCAAGCCAUGGAAAAGAUGGGAUGCAAGGUGAGAAACAUUCCCGACUUCUUUACCAGCGAGCAUUGCGAAGGCAACAUCAACGGCGGGUUCAAGCUCAACGAAGACGGACAGCCUGGUGUUGUGCUGUGUCAGAACCACAUCAAGGACCAAGAGUGGAUGGACCGAACGCUAGCACACGAGCUCAUCCACGCAUAUGACCACUGCCGCGCCCAGGUCGACUGGAAGUCCGACUGCGAGGCCCAUGCCUGCAGCGAAAUCCGCGCGGCGGCGCUCAGCGGGGACUGCGACUGGCACCUCGAAGUGUUCCGAGGCCACUUCAACAUCGCCAAGCAGCACCAGGUUUGCGUGCGCCGCCGCGCCGAGCUCUCGCUCCAGUUCAAUCCCAUGUGCAUGGGCAAGGAAGCGCUGUGCGUGGACAAGGUAUUUGAGACGUGCUACAAGGAUUACCUUCCGUACCCCGACAUUCCCAAGUAGUCACACAUACAUAUAUAGUGUGACAACGUUAUAUAGUGUGAAGUCGUUAUAAUCCAUAGAAGCCUACAUGCCCGAAAUCAACCAAGGACACAUACUAGUACGAUAGACACUGCACUAGUACAUACUAGUACUGCAUACUAGUAGUUGUAUUAUGCUAUUAAUAGAUGGAUCAGUAGCGC